AUGCCUGUGAAUCUGUUGGAGGAUUGGUGCAAGGGGAUGGACCUGGACCCCAGGAAGGCCCUGCUGAUCGUGGGCAUCCCUGUGGAGUGUAGUGAAGAGGAAAUUAAAGAGACCCUGAAGGCGGGCUUACAGCCCCUGUGUGCCUACAGUGUGCUGGGCAGAAUGUUCAGAAGGGAAGACAGCUCUAAGGCAGUUCUCAUUGAAUUGGCCGACAGGGUCAAUUACGCUACGGUGCCGAGUCAGAUCCCAGGAAAGGGAGGUGUCUGGGAAGUGGUGGUGAAACCCCGUAGCCCAGAUGAUGAACUUAUCAACAGACUGAAGUGCUUCCUGAAAGACGAGGGCCGGAGAAUGGUAGAUGUGGUCAAAACCCUGGGGUAUAGCACUCGCCCUGACGAGGUACAGCCAAAAGGCUUGGCUCAAGUCAGGCCACCAGACCUGCAGCCUCUGCAAGAAAGCAUGUGGUACCGAAAACUGAAGGUGUUUUCGGGAAGCGCUUCCCCAGGCCCAGGCGAAGAGAACUUUGAAGCCUGGCUAGAGCAGGUGACUGAGAUGAUGCAGAUGUGGCAGGUGUCUGACGUAGAGAAGCAGCGGCGUUUGCUGGAAAGCUUGCACGGCCCCGCCCUGUCCAUCAUGCGGGUGCUCCGGGCCAACAGUGACUCCAUGACCGUGGAACAGUGCCUGGACGCCCUGAAGCAGAUCUUCGGGAAUAAAGAGGACUAUAGAACCUCACAUUUUAAGUUUUUCCAGACCUCGCAGAAGCCCGGAGAGAAAGUCUCUGCCUUCUUGCUACGGUUAGAGCCCGUGCUGCAGAACGCGGUGCGGCACAGCCCCUUGUCAGUGAGAAGCGCAGACAUGAUUCGCCUGAAAUACAUCCUAGCCCAGGCCUCCCUGAGCACCGGCCUCCAGGGCAAGCUCAGGCUCCUGGGUCAGCGAGGCUGUGCGCCCACCUUCCUGGAGUUGAUGAAGCUCAUUCGAGACGAGGAGGAGUGGGACGCCGCCGAGGCAGUGACCAGGGGAAAGCAGAGGCAGGUAGGAGGGGGCCACAGGGCCUCUGGCACCCAGGUAGUGGCAGAAACCAGUGGCCCAGUCCCUCCGGUCAUGGUGCGGGCAGGGCUGUUCCGUGACAGCAGCACUCAGACCGUCCAGGAAGGCGCUACCCUGUCUCUGAAGCGCAGGCAGGUGCCGUGCAGCUGCGGGACUGGGGAGGAAGGCCACAGCCAGGCAGCGUGUCCUAGGGCCGAGGACCAACCCCCGGCAAAGCAGGAGCCUCAGCCUGCAGCAGAAGAGUUGGGAAACGAGACGUGGGCUGGGGCCGUGAGCCACCCCAAGCCCUAG